UAGGCUGGAGAGCAGAAGAUCCCAGUAGAUAACGAUCGGCGAUCGGGAUUCUUUUACCGAAUCUCCGCAGAUCAGCACCCAGUUUGGGGAACAGCGGCGAUGAUUGCUUAUGUGCAUUGAAUGGGAUUGACCCACAGCCCCCCCUCCACCCACCGUACCACCCUUGCCUUUACUGUUUUACGGAGCAACAGCCACAAGUGAUUUACGCUGAGACCAUAGCUCGUCGUUAAUGCGUGUGCGCGUCUGGUGCUUUGGAGGCAUGCAGCUGAAGCAGCGUUAAAGCGCCGGAUACCCCUUCCCACCCUUAAGGAUGCGAGUGGGCAAUGCCUGGCGACACGGAGGACCGGGUCUGUCACAGGGCGCUGGAGGUCCUGUCCGAGCUCUGCUCCAGGGGCGAAGUGCAAAGCGACAGCUGCCUGGAUUUCAUUUACUCUUUCCGCGAUCUCGCCAAGCCGAGGUAUACGGACUCAGAUCUGUCUGUGAGCCUGCUGUCGCUUGUGGUGACAGCAUGUGGCCUGGCACUCUUCGGUGUGUCCCUUUUUGUCUCCUGGAAGCUAUGUUGGCUCCCAUGGCGGGAACGUGGUAUCUCCCCUAGCAACAAGCCAAGUGACUUACAGCCAAGGAUGGCCCCCAGCGACACUGGGGCCGCAGCGUGUGAGACUCAUGAAGAUUGUAAUAAGCCCUCCUCUCCUGUACCUGACCGUGUUCAUGAGGUGGCCAUGAAGAUUAGUCACACGUCACCCGACAUCCCUUUGGAGGGUCAGGCUGAGGCACAGAAGAAUCAUUCACCCCGUCCACGUAUACAGCGGCAGAGCACAGAGCCCACCUCGUCCAGCCGCCACAGCUCCAUCCGCAGACAAAUGAACCUGUCCAACCCAGACUUCAGUGUGGCCCAGUUCCAGAGACAGGACUCACUGGUCGGUCUGGGCCAGAUCAAGCCCGAACUGUACAAGCAGCGUUUGAUGGGUGAUGAGGACAGCCCACCAGGGAGUGACUGCGGCCGCCUCCACUUCAUCCUCAAGUAUGACUGCGACCUGGAACAGCUAAUUGUCAAAAUCCACAAGGCACAGGACCUGCCUGCCAAGGACUUUUCAGGCAGCUCGGACCCCUACGUGAAGAUCUACCUGCUCCCAGACCGUAAGACUAAACACCAGACUAAGGUGCACCGCAAGACUCUGAAUCCGGUUUUCGAUGAGGUCUUCCUGUUCCCCGUGGCCUACACCGAGCUACCCACGCGCAAGCUGCACUUCAGCGUCUACGACUUUGACAGAUUCUCCCGGCAUGACAUCAUCGGUCAGGUGGUGGUGGAGAACUUCCUGGAACUGCCAGACUUCCCCAGAGAAACUAAACUCUGCAGGGACAUCCAGUAUGUCACAAAGGACAACGUGGACCUGGGGGACCUCAUGUUCUCACUCUGCUACCUUCCCACGGCUGGACGCCUGACUAUCACCAUCAUCAAAGCCAGGAACCUGAAGGCCAUGGACAUCACCGGGGCAUCAGAUCCUUAUGUGAAAGUGUCUCUAAUGUGUGAAGGGCGGAGGUUAAAGAAGAGGAAAACCUCCACGAAAAGAAACACGUUGAACCCCAUCUACAAUGAAGCCAUAGUCUUUGAUGUCCCUCCUGAGAACAUCGACCAGAUCAGCCUCCUGAUAGCCGUCAUGGACUAUGACCGUGUAGGGCACAAUGAGGUCAUAGGCGUGUGCCGGGUGGGCAGUGAAGCCGAGAGGCUUGGCUAUGACCACUGGUGCGAGAUGAUGGCGUACCCACGCAAGCCCAUCGCUCACUGGCACCCUCUGGUGGAGGUAAGACUGAAGCCCAUGUCUUACUUCCUAUCCUUUAGCUCUGCCAUACAUCAAGGUUUGUUAAUCAUCCCAUGUCGUCUUUUAGAAGAAACUGUCAAUUUGCGGCCACCAGCCCCCCAGUGUAGUGACUCUUCGUAACCAAUAGGGGCCCCCCAAACCUCUGGGACCCCAGGCAAAUGAGCGGUUUGAGUGAUUGUAAACGUCGGCACUGCAUUUUGGGUAACAGUAAAAAACAUAAAAACAGAUGUAGGAGCUUCAGUUCACAUUGCAGUAGAGAAGCAUUUUGCCACAUGCUCAGAAAUGUCCUUGUCGAGGUGGCAGAAAUAACAAAAUAGAGAGAGUACAGUCACUGGGAUUCAUUUCCGUAAAGGAUUUUACUGCAGCUUGGGGGUCUUUCAAAUCGUGGGUCCAGCCACUCGCUAGAGAGAGAGCCAUUGCAACAGAGGUGAAAUUUGCUUUUUGAAAUGUGUUCAUGUUGUCAGGCUGUUUCUGAAAGCCUGGGCGCCUGUGAGCUGCCCUUUCAUCCCUCGCCAGCUUACUUAUCAGCUGUGGAUAAGUGGUAAAAGGCUGCUUUCGCUCUUAGAAAAAACGUUGAAAAUGAUACUGACACUUUUGACUCCUGGUCAGGUAAAUGUUUUCAAAAGCGCACCUUUGCUUUCCAUAACUGCUUGGUAUUCAGGCGAAUGCAGAAAAAAAAAAUUAUAGGAAUGGCAGGAUCUCUCUGGUAACGCAGAUUUAAUAAAGCCGUAAGCCGCCUCCUCCGGAACACACCGGCAGACAGACGUUUUUCGCUUCUCUGUCUUCAUGCUGCUUCUCCUGGCCGGUCGCUGCAGCAGCAGCGUGCCAAGCAGGUCUGGCCUCCUCUAUCGAGCUCGUGGACUCUGGCUCGUUCUGCGGAAUUCCCAGAUGUUCCCCGGCCAGCUGGGAGAUAUAAUCCCUCUAACGUGUCUCAGGGACUCCUCCUGGUGGGACAACCUUAGAAAAUGUCCAGACCACCUCAGUUGGCUCUCUUUCACCACAACAGAGCAGCAGCUGUAUUUCAAGGUCCCUCAGGAUGAAUGAAUGUUCCGUUUAUAUAGUGCUUUUUAAGACACCCAAAGCACUUUACAGAAUGAAUGGGGAGCCACUUUAACCACCUGGGUGGUGAGACAGCAGCCAUUCUGCAACAGUACACUCACCACACAAUAGCUAAGGCGGUGAUUAGACAGGAGAGAAUCCACCAGUUAAAUUAUAGCGGAUGAUUAGGAGGCCAGAUUUGAUUGGGCUUCAGUGGGCAAUUUUAGCCAGGACAUCGGUCUACCACCCCUACUUUUUCAAAGGACGCCCAGGGACCUUUUAUAAGUGAGAGAGUCAAGACCUUUGUUUUUUGUCUAAUCAGAAGGAUGGGACCAUUUUUACAGCACAGCAUCUGGGAUCCACACAGACCACAGGAUAGGCUAACAUGUUGGCCACACCAACGCCUCUUCCAGCAGCAGCCCAGCUUUCUGAGUUGGUUGCCCAUCCAAGAACUGGUCAGGUUGUACAACCUUGUUCUUUUGGUCAUUGCCCGUAGCUCAUGACCAUAGGUGAGGAUAAGGACAUUGAUUGGCCAGUAAACCGCAAGCUCUGUCCAGUCAUUUCACCUGACUUGUUCACUGUUUUAAAAUCCACAGCCACCAAACCUAUUCACAAGUCAAUCUCAUCUUCCCUCUUCCAAGCACUUCUGAACAAGUUACCAUGAUGCAGCAUCUCCAAGGACACAAAAUGGAUGUCAGUGGUGUAAGAAAA